AUCAAGAACUGCGGCCUUUUGGCAAUGAGUCACCAAGGAACGAAUGAUGGUACUGCUAACAGCUGUGAUAGGUCAUCAGGAAAAUCGGAGAAUACAGUAGCAAAGCAGGAAAGUGUCAAUAAUAGUAGUCGUAGUAGUAACAUAGGUAGUAGUGCUCAGCCGGAUCGUUAUCAGCAGAUGGGGGGGCUUUUCCUCCUUCCUAAGAACCUGUCCCUGCAGCAUUUCCUGCCAGCGCAUGCGGGAAAUCGUCCAUGGAAUGAACGGAGCGGAAACAGUACUGACCUCGCGGCAGCGUCGACUGCGGAGAGAGAAACUUCGCAGGCACAGAAUGCAGUUUUCGGAAAUGCGGCGGCAGUGCAAAGUUUUCCCGUGCCGCCUUCUUCGGGGCAGCAACAACGAGCGUUCAGUGAUCCGGGAUCCAAGAUCUGUGGAGGCAGAGAACAUUCCUGGUAAUGAUCUCUAUGGGUCAUCAUCU